CAGGCAGCUCUCUCCGCGCUUCCCCCCGCCAUCGCUGCUACACCAACGUGAGGAGAUCGUUCCCCGGCGAGUUGUAUUCUCCAGUUAUUACAGUUAUAAUAUUUAUAUUACAGCAGCAGCUCCAGCCCCGCGGAUCAGCAGCAUGGCGUACAGAGGACAGGGCCAGAAGGUGCAGAAGGUGAUGGUGCAGCCCAUCAAUCUGAUUUUCAGGUAUCUACAGAAUCGAUCUCGUAUCUCGGUUUGGCUCUAUGAGCAGGUCAACAUGCGGAUAGAAGGCUGCAUUAUUGGGUUUGAUGAGUACAUGAACUUGGUUCUGGAUGAUGCAGAAGAAGUCCACAUGAAGACCAAGAACAGAAAGACUCUGGGGAGGAUCAUGUUGAAAGGAGACAACAUCACGCUUCUGCAGAGUGUGUCAAAUUAGCCGUUCAGGUUCAUCAGGAUGAUGGAAUUUUAUUUGGAAUAUUUUUGUUUUCAUGUAUGUGAUUUUUCCUUUUGGGGGGGGAUAGGGAUGAUUUUUUUUGUGAGCAUGUUGACUCCUUGUACCUUAGCAGUGCUCGUGAUGAGUGAUGUUUUUUCUAUAAAAACAAAUUAAAGACUUUUUUUUGUUUCUUUGUACAUAA